GAAUCACGUUCUUCAGAGUCACGUUCAGACGAUCCACUAAAUGACGGCAUGGUGCCAUCAAAGAAGUCUCGUUCAGAUUCGGUAAUUGCAGACUUUAACGCUUGUGAUGUUCUCAGGGUCAGCGGAUUUUAUUUCUUUUUUUAUUUUUUCUCUUUUAUUAAACGUGCCCUUGAAGUGAUUCAAAACCACACUCACCCACUUCUCACAGUGACAAUAUGUAUAAAUGUGUCCAAAUAAAAAAACGUUUAAGCCAAUUGCGUUUAGCAUCACGAAAUGUUGGAGAGGGCAAGAGAUUUUUGAGAUGAAAUAAGCUUUUCUCAAAAAUAUACCAAAAAUAUGACAUACAAAGAAUGAAAUGUGUAUUAAGUCGCCAAAAUAAUUAAUUAACGCGUGCAACAUACCGAGUUAUGAAAAGCGUAUGCGUUAAAUACAAACGAAAUAAACUGCUACCACUGAUAAUUGCAAGUCCUCGGAACCGAAAAUUCCAUACAUUUCGCAGCCAAUUUAUGAUCUGAAACAGACAGGCGAUGUGAAAUUCGGACCUGGCACACGUUCGGCAUUGCUUGGCUUAUUGGGUGGUGCGCUACCAAAACUCAGCUCCGAUCAACAUGACACGGUCAGUAAGGCUAAGAAAUAUGCCAUGGAGCAAAGUAUUAAAAUGGUAUUAAUGAAGCAAACGUUGGCGCAUCAGCAACAACAAUUGGCAUCACAACGUACACAAGUGCAGCGUCAACAGGCACUCGCUCUCAUGUGCAGAGUCUACGUUGGCAGUAUUUCAUUUGAGUUAAAAGAGGAUACUAUACGCGCUGCUUUCCUACCUUUUGGUCCAAUCAAAUCGAUCAAUAUGUCAUGGGAUCCCAUCACGCAGAAGCAUAAAGGUUUUGCCUUUGUUGAAUAUGAAAUUCCUGAGGGUGCACAACUGGCGCUGGAACAAAUGAAUGGCGCCUUAAUGGGUGGUCGUAACAUUAAAGUGGGACGCCCUAGUAACAUGCCGCAGGCACAGCAAGUAAUUGACGAAAUUCAAGAGGAAGCAAAAAGUUUCAAUCGCAUUUAUGUCGCAUCGAUACAUCCGGAUUUAUCUGAAGAGGAUAUCAAAAGUGUUUUCGAGGCAUUUGGUCCGAUUUUGUAUUGCAAAUUGGCGCAGGGCACAUCAUUACAUACACACAAAGGUUAUGGUUUCAUUGAGUACGCCAACAAGCAGGCAAUGGAUGAAGCUAUCGCUAGCAUGAACUUGUUCGAUUUGGGUGGCCAAUUACUGAGAGUGGGUCGUUCUAUUACACCGCCGAAUGCUUUGGUAUGCGCUUCUACAAAUUCAACAAUGCCCACAGCAGCUGCUGUUGCUGCCGCUGCCGCCACCGCUAAGAUACAGGCACUUGAUGCUGUUGCCAGCAAUGCCGUGCUUGGCCUUUCUGCAGCUACUCCCGCGCUUGGUAUUUCACCAUUAGCUGCGGCCGCUAAGGUGGGCGCCUUGCCAAUUGCUGCUGCCGGCGCAUUACAUCCACCCGGACUUGCCGUACCUGCUGCUACUGGCGGUGCCGCUGCAUUCCUAUCCGCUGGCGUCUUCCAAGCGCCGGCAGCGCUACCACCAAAUCUAUUGGGCGCCGCACCUGGUAUACCAAAUGUGACCACUGCGGCUGCACCAGUUGUGGUUACACAAGCCGCACUGCUGGCAACACCAACUAUGGGCGCUCCCACAAUGGCUGCAAUUGGUAGUCUGGGUGCUGGUGGUGGUAUUAAUACAGUAUUGGGCGCUGAUGCCGCCGCCGCCCAACAUGCAGCAGCUGCCGCAGCCGCGGCUGUGAGUGCAAAUGCCGCGGCCGCUGUGGCCGCUGCGAACAAUGUGACAGCUAUGCAUAAUUUACAAUCGGCAAAUUCAGAGCAACUGAAGAAGGCGCACGAGAAGGCACAGCAGGAGGAAUUGCAAAAGAAAUUAAUGGACGAGGGUGAAACGCAGACGCUACAGCAGCAGGAGAAUAUGUCGAUCAAGGGCCAGAGCGCACGGCAAUUGGUUAUGCAGCGGCUAAUGCGACCACAAGAGUCACGUGUGAUCAUACUGCGUAACAUGGUCGGUCCAGAGGAUGUUGACGAAACCCUACAAGAGGAGAUACAAGAAGAAUGCACAAAAUUCGGCACUGUUAGUCGUGUGAUAAUUUUCAACGAAAAACAGACGGAGAACGAAGAUGAUGAGGAAGCCGAAAUAAUUGUUAAAAUAUUUGUAGAAUUUUCAAGCGCUAUUGAGGCAGUGCGCGGACGGGAUGCUUUACACGGUCGCUUCUUUGGUGGACGCCGCGUCAUUGCUGAACUAUAUGAUCAGUCACUUUUUGAUCAUGGUGAUCUCUCGGGUUAGAAAAAAUCAGUGAAAUGCGAAAAAUGAAAAGUGUACCCAAAAUCAUGUUAAAAUUAAAAAAACACGUCAUACUACAAAUGGUUAUGGUUUUGUAGCAAAUCAAUCAUUAUUGCUUUCAUUAUUAAACAACGCGACGGUUGGAUUGUCGCGUUUUCUCCGUUUUGUGUGCACUAAUUGUCUGCAGCUAAAGUUUUCUUCGACAUUACCAUUUCCAAUUCCCCCCACAAGCUCUUUGACCGUUGACAAUGUAAUGAAUGUAUUUGAGUGUAAAAUGCCGUUAUAUUAAGUAAAGAAGAAAUAUUUUAAUUUCUGUAAAAUUACUAAUAAAUAUGUUAAGUAUUUAAUCAAUUACAAA